AUGGGGGCAGGGACUCCCAAACCUCGGGUAAGCCGUUUGUUCUGUCCCUCCGCAGACCUGCAGGCAGCCUUCGACCUCAUAUGUGAUAACGUGGGGAAGGACUGGAAGAGACUGGCUCGUCAGCUGAAAGUGUCAGACGCCAAGAUUGAUGCCAUCGAGGAGAGGUAUCCCCGGAACCUGACGGAACAGGUGAGGGAGUCGCUGCGAGUCUGGAAGAACACCAACCGGGGCGACGCGGCCGUGUCCCACCUGGUGGGGGCGCUCCGGGCCUGCCGGCUGAACCUGGUGGCCGACUACAUCCAGGAGGAGCAGCAGGCCCGGGCCCUCCGGGACCAGGAGAGUGCUGGCAGCUCUGUGUCCCUAAUGUCAUGGGACUCAGACGGGCCUGCCUCGGGAGCCUCCUGA